UGGUUAGCAUUUUGUUUGUGCCACGCUCAAUUAACAGAACAAAGGUGCACAAACAUGUCAGACCUGAAUUCUUUGCAGUCAAAUUUGAUACAGCUUACCCCGCAAUCAUGAUCUAAGAGCUACAGCUUUAUGUUGUUAUAUUUUAUUAAUUUAUAAGAGUUGAAAGAGAAAACUAAGGGUAGAGAUUAAGCUCCUUUUCUCUCUCCAACUGCACAUCCAAACAUGGCACUGAGAGAAGUGAGGUCUUUGAUUCACUUGCUGCUGCCACUUAGCAUCCACUGGGUCGCUGGUGAGAUGACAGUUUCUGUUAUCGUUGAUGUCACAACCUCUGCUUUAUGUCCUGGGGACUCCACUUGCCCCAAAGCUAUUUAUAUCAAUGGCCUCCAACAAACGAUUGUUGGAAUUUUUAGGAUGGUGGUACUUCCACUGUUGGGUCAGCUUUCAGAUGAGUAUGGCCGUAAAUCCUUGAUCAUUAUUACCAUGUCCACGACCAUAUUUCCCUUUGCUUUACUUGCCUGGCAUCAGUCUGAAGAAUUUGUCUAUGCCUAUUAUGUGGUUCGCACAAUCGCAAAUAUAAUCAGUCAAGGGAGUGUUUUCUGCAUUUCACUUGCAUAUGCGGCAGAUGUUGUGGAUGAAAGCAAAAGGGCAGCAGUAUUUAGUUGGAUUACUGGUCUUCUUUCUGCUUCACAUGUUCUGGGGGAUGUACUGGCUUUGUUUCUUCCUGAAAAGUACAUUUUUGUGGUAGCAAUAGCACUAUUGAUCUUUUGUAUUGUAUAUUUGAAAUUCUUCCUUGUUGAGACGGUGAUACUGGCUCCAAGAAAUAGUCCUAAGUCAGGCUGGUGGGCUAAAAUUGUUGAUGUUUUCCAACAAAGAUAUAAAGCUAUGAGGACAGCUGCGGAAAUAGUAAUUUUCAGUCCCACUUUAAGGGGCAUGGCUCUUGUCUCCUUCUUUUAUGAGCUGGGAAUGUCGGGCAUAAGCAGUGUUUUGCUGUACUAUUUGAAAGCUGUUUUUGGUUUUAACAAAAAUCAGUUCUCAGAACUUCUGAUGAUGGUGGGAAUUGGUUCAAUCUUUUCUCAGAUGUUGUUGCUUCCAAUACUCAACCCAUUGGUUGGAGAGAAAGUUAUACUCUGCUCUGCCUUGAUUGCAUCAAUAGCAUAUGCUUGGCUCUAUGGAUUAGCAUGGGCACCUUGGGUACCAUACUUGAGUGCCUCUUUUGGCAUCAUCUAUGUCCUUGUGAAUCCUUCCACUCACGCUAUUAUUUCAAAUGCGUCAAGCUCAGCCAAUCAGGGAAAAGUACAAACUUUUAUUGCUGGGACACAAUGUAUAUCUGAUCUGCUAUCACCUAUUGCAAUGAGUCCGUUGACUUCAUGGUUUUUAUCUAGCAACGCUCCCUUUGAUUGCAAAGGUUUUAGCAUUAUAUGUGCAUCCAUAUGCAUGAUAGUUUCUCUUUGUUUUGCUUGCUUGCUGAAGCCAGAUACUAGUUCAAGUAAUGACACAGAGAGCAGCCUAGAAACCCCAAUUCUGAGUGAUAACUGAUUGUAUCAAUUGGCCAAUCAUGUAUAUAAGGCAUCCUUCCCUCAAUAACUUCUGCUCCAAUUCCAAAUAGCCAUCUUAUUUUAUAUUUUAUUUAUUUAUUUAUUUAAUAGAAUUGGCUGGGGGGAAUAUAAGCAAAUAAUAGUGAAGGGGUGGGAGAAAGAGAGAGAUGACAUGGCGUCAUCAGCUAUAUUGAAGACUUGGUCUUAAACAAUGUAAAUGAUCAUUGAACACAAUAUAUUUUGCCAUAUAACAUAAACAACUGGACAAGUUUGUGAGA